ACAGUUUUUCUUUUCUUUUCUUUGACCAAAAUAGCCCGUACUCCCCACGGCACCGUCCGGUCCCCGUCAUCCGAAGCCGCGCCGCGACGACCGAAGAAGGAAGCAUCCGGAGGCGCACGGACCUGCCUCUCCUUCCUCCCAUGGCGCCGCCCCUCGCCGCCGUAUCCUCCUCGUCGCCCCUCUUCUCGCCCUCCUCAUCCCGCCCCCUCAUCCGCCGCCAUGCGCCUCCGAGCUAUGUCUCCUUGCGGACGCGUGGCCGUUCGCAGCCCGCGGCGGCGGCGGCGGCCGAGUCCUCCGGCAGCCCGCUUCUCGAGGUGCGAGGUCUCACCGCAUCCGUGAAGGAGACCGGGCAUCAGAUCCUCGCCGGCGUCGACCUCACCAUCCGCGAGGGCGAGAUUCAUGCGAUCAUGGGGAAGAACGGCUCCGGCAAGAGCACCCUCACAAAGGUUCUUGUUGGCCAUCCACAUUAUGAGGUAACUGGUGGCACCAUUCUCUUCAAGGGUGAGGACUUGGUUGACAUGGAGCCAGAGGAAAGAUCUCUCGCAGGCCUUUUUAUGAGUUUCCAAGCACCUAUUGAGAUUCCUGGCGUGAGCAAUUUUGAUUUUCUGCUCAUGGCAGUCAAUGCUCGCAGAGAAAAGAGUGAUCUACCAGCAUUGGGACCCCUUGAGUUUUAUUCGGUUGUAUCAUCCAAAGUUGAUGCCUUGAAGAUGGACCCGAAGUUCCUUGAUCGCAAUGUGAAUGAAGGUUUUAGUGGUGGUGAAAGGAAGCGCAAUGAGAUACUGCAACUUUCAGUCAUUGGAGCAGAUUUAGCUCUUCUUGAUGAGAUAGAUUCAGGAUUAGAUGUUGAUGCAAUUGAAGAUGUAGCUAUUGCGGUGAAUGGGCUUUUGACACCCCAAAACUCUGUUCUGAUGAUUACGCAUUACCAACGUCUUUUGGAUCUCAUCAAACCCAGCUAUGUUCAUAUCAUGGAAAAUGGCAAGAUAAUCAAGACUGGUGACAGUUCUAUUGCCACUCAAAUUAAUGAAGGUGGCUUCAAAUCAAUCGCCCUUGUAUAGCUUUAAAGUCAAACACUUGAAAUAGCUUGCUGGGAGCCUAUUUGUCAGAAGUACUGCCUGGGGUUUGCAACUUAAUUACUAGACGUACUAUGCAUGCUGGGGUAGCAUCUACUGAAUGAACUCAACAAAACUUUUGAGUUUGUGUACCCCAUUCAACCAGGCAUGUUAUCUUUUGAAGGUGGAGAGUUGGUUAUUGAUACAAGUAGUGGUACCCAGGGAAAGCAUCUUACUACAAGAUUCACAAAUUUUGUAUAUUUGAGUAUGACUCGUUGCCUUGGGCAUCUACUUAUCAAGAUUGUUUUGCAUGUACCUUUUUGUAAACAUUUUAAACACUUAUAACUAAUGUGCAGGCCUAGAAAAUUAGUAGAUGUCUCCGCACGGGAGAAGUUUUGGUGCGAUCAUCAA